AUGGCUUCCCUUGGCCUUGCUUUCGUUCUGCUCGUCUCCCUGGUUUCUCCCACCAGUUCCUGCACAGAUCAGGAUAAGCGCUCUCUUCUUUGGUUCCUUGCGGGGCUCUCGAAUGAUGGUAGUCUUGCAGCGUCAUGGCGGGAUGGCAAGGAUUGCUGCAAGUGGGAAGGGAUUACCUGCAGCACAGAUAGGGUGGUCACUGGUGUCUCGCUGGCUUCAAAGAACCUUGAGGGGAAUAUCUCGAUGUCCCUCGGCAACCUCACUGGCCUGAAGCUUCUUAACCUCUCCCACAACUCCCUGUCCGGUGGCCUGCCACGAGAACUGCUGUCAUCCCACAGCAUCACCAUACUGGACGUCAGCUUUAACCAACUCAAUGGAGCACUACCCAAGCUGCCAUCUUCAACCCCUGCCCGUCCUCUGCAGGUACUGAAUAUCUCAACCAAUUUAUUUACAGGAGAGUUCCCGUCCAGCAUAUGGAAAGCAGCAGAGAAUCUGAUUGCCCUCAAUACCAGCAAGAACAGCUUCACUGGGCAGAUACCAACUCAUUUCUGUGACAAUUCACCAUCUUUUGCGGUGCUUGAUCUGUCUUACAACAAAUUCAGCGGUAGUAUUCCCCUGGGACUUGGUGACUGCUCCAUGCUAAGAGUGCUCAAUACAGGCUAUAACAACCUCAGUGGGACACUCCCCAAUGAACUCUUCAAUGCUACCACAUUGGAGUACAUGUGUUUUCGUAACAAUAAGUUACACGGAGUACUUGGUGGUGCACACAUAAUCAAACUCGGAAAUCUCGUGACCUUGGAUCUUGGAAGGAACAACUUCAGUGGCAAUAUUCCAGAUUCUGUAGGUCAGCUCCAGAGAAUGGAGGAGCUCUAUUUUGACCACAACAGCAUGUCUGGGGAGCUACCAUCAACUCUCAGUAACUGCACAAAUCUUAUAACAAUCAACCUCAAGUGGAAUAAAUUCAGUGGAGAACUUAGCAAGGUCGAUUUUUCCAAACUUCCUAAUCUGAUAACUUUAGACUUGCUGUACAACAACUUCAGUGGAACGAUUCCAGAAAGCAUAUACUCUUGCAGCAAUCUGAUUGCACUUCGGCUAUCUUACAACAACUUACAUGGGCAGCUUUCACCACAAAUAGGCGAUCUGAAACACAUCACCUUCCUUUCACUUGCUUCCAACUCUUUCAUGAAUAUCACAAAUGCACUUCAGAUCCUACAGAACUGCAGGCAGCUUACCGUCCUCCUUAUUGGGUAUAACUUCAAAGGAGAGCUCAUGCCUGAGGAUGACAUAAUUGAUGGUUUCCAGAAUCUUCGGGUACUGGCCAUCAAUGGUUGCCAAUUGUUAGGUAACAUACCUCUUUGGAUAUCAAAGCUAGCAAAUUUAGAGAUGUUGAAGAUAUCUAGCAAUCAACUCACUGGGUCAAUACCAGUCUGGAUCAAAGCCCCAAGGUACUUAUUCUAUCUAGACAUAUCAAACAACAGCCUCACUGGAGAAAUUCCAACAACACUGAUGGAUAUGCCAAUGCUGAAGUCGGAGAAGACUGAACCCCAUUUAGAUCCAGGGGUCUUCGCACUACCAGUUUAUAGCGCUGUAUCACGCCAAUACCGCAAACCCAUUGGUUUCCCUAAAGUGUUGGAUCUAAGCAACAAUAAAUUCAUCGGUGAGAUCCCCCAGGAGAUCGGUCAGCUGAAAUCCCUCCUUUCACUCAAUUUGAGUUCAAACUACUUGACGGGACAGUUCACAGAAUCCGUAUGCAAUCUCACAAGACUGCAGGUACUGGACUUAUCAAACAACAAUCUCAAAGGUGCAAUCCCGUCUGCAUUGAACACCCUGCACUCACUUUCAGCAUUCAAUGUUUCUAACAACGACCUAGAAGGCCCUAUUCCAUCUGGAGGCCAGUUUAACACAUUUGAGACUUCCAGCUUCGACGGAAAUACAAAGCUAUGUGGCUCUAUGCUCAUUCGCAAAUGUGCUUUAGCAAAAGCGCCUCAAGCCAACAUUCUAUCAACAAAAGAAACUAGCUAUAAGACCGCCUUCAUGAUUGCUUUUAGUGCAUUCUUUGUUGUAGGCAUGUUGUAUGAUCAGGUAGUAUUAUCAAGAUAUUUUGGCUAG